GGCGAGGGGCGUGGUCACCCCUGUUCCGCGCUAAGGUUUCUAAACUCGCUGGGGCUAAUGCUAACAAGUUACAGCGUAACGCGCACAGCUUCUAAAAUAAUUUUCUGUUAUUUGAGUUGUAUUUUUGUAUCUUUGUGGUUUUUUUCUUUGAAAUAAUAGUUUGCUUAUUUGCUUCACUCGCAACACGUCCCACUGAGUGAACGUGUUAUUUAGUUGCAUGUGUUAUUGUUUCGUAGUUCAGAUGGAAGGCUAUCCUAUAGUUACUGACGGCGACUCUAUAAAACAACAAGAACGACACUACUACCUGUUGUCAGAGUUACAAACCCUGGUCAAAGAUUUACCAAGCUCCUUCCAGCAACGCCUGUCCUACAACACACUUGGUGAUCUGGCCCUGGCACUCAUAGAUGGAACUGUUUAUGAAAUAGUGCAAGGCCUCCUCGAUAUUCAACACCUGACAGAGAAAAACCUGUACAACCAGAGGCAAAAGUUGCACUGUGAACACCAAGCCCUAAAGCAAGAUCUCACAAGGAGGCAUAAGGAAGCCCUGCUGUCAUGCAAGUCUCACAACCUGGCGCUCCUCAAAUCAAAUCAGCAAGCUGAGCAAGAGGCCUUGGAAGUCCGUGUGCGGGAAGAACAGAGAAUGAUGGAUAAGAAGAUUGUGGUGGAAAUUGAUCAAAAAGUGACGGAUCAACAGAAUACUUUGGAGAAAGCUGGAGUUCCUGGAUUUUAUAUCACCACUAAUCCCCAGGAGCUAACAAUGCAGAUGAACCUACUGGAGUUGAUCCUGAAGCUUCAACAGAAAGAGUCCCAGUAUGGACUUCUAUGACAAUGAGCACAAUAUAAUUUAAGACAAUGACGUGGAGGUUAUAUUUAUCACAGUUAAAGGGGACCUAUGAUGAUUCUUAUCUACAGUUGACACACUUCAUUGUGGUUUAGAUAAUAUGUAUUAGAUAUGCUUUGGUGUAAAUGUUGGUGUAUAUUAACUGUUAAAAAAACACAGCAUUGCGAGGUAUAUAUACACAACUGUGUGCAAGUCCACGCCCAAAUGCAUGAACUUUAUGAUUUGAUGCUUUGGUAUGGUUUAAUACGCGUAUCCAACAUUGUAACAUUUAUAAGUCAGGAAAAAAGAAAAUCAUCGUAGGUCCCCUUAAAUGUUAAAUGCAACAUGAGGCAUUUAAUAAUUAAAAUAAUUUUCAACUCUACAACAAUUAAUGAAUAUUUGGGUUCCUGACACUAGAUUGGAGCCCUAUUUUUCAGUUCUGCAUGGUUUUUGUUUUAUUUUUUACAAUAAUCAGUAAGUUUUGUGUUGUAAAAAAACCUCUGGGAAAAGGGAUUUGAAUGAGACUCAAUAGUAGUUUUUGCUAUUGUUUACUUAUUUUGCACUAUUGCCUUUAUUUUUAUUAAACAAUUGUAUG